GAGUCUUCAGAGCCAUCUUUGGGGAUGAGGGCUUGACUAAUCCCUUUGAUAACCUUGUGCUUAAGAUGCCUGGCCCAUUAGUCCCAGCACAUGUGCCGCCGGCUGAGCCAAAGAUCCCUGAGCCUCCCAUACCUUCAGCUGACAUCGCGAGCAGGGCAUUCAAAUCCUUCAAGGAUGUACAUCCGAGCGACGAGCGUGAUAUGGUCAUGGACCGAGCGGUGUGCAAACUGCAGCACAUCAUUUGCCGCACCGAUGUUGACCGUUUGUCACCUGAACUUGCACAAGCAGCCUCUUCCAAAGAUGCAACAGACGAAGUGUUUGGCAUUGUGUCUGCUUGUGUAGGUCUUCGUAGUCCUCACACGGUUGUGAAGCGCGCCAACGCGAUCCUUGCAUACUUGAGAUGGUGUGACAAGGAAGGUUACGAGAAGCCAUUUUGUGAGGAUUCUGUGUGGAGCUUCAUUUCCUACUUAAAGAAAGAGAAGGUUCUUGCGAGCCGUAGGAUUCUGGGCCUCAGUGCCCAGCUGGGUGUCAAAAAGAAAGCGACCAACCGAGCCCGGCCUCUCAAAGUGUCAGAGGUUCGCUUCAUGCAUGGCGUGCUAGAGGACGAGAGUGCACCAAUCUGGGACCGAGCCAUCUGUGCCUACCUUCUUCUUGCACUCUACGCAAGAGCCAGACACAGUGAUCUGGUUCUUGUAGAAGAAGUGAUAGCAGACUUUGAUCGCCAGUGCAGCGGAUACCUAGAGAUCCGCCUCAGAUUCCAUAAGACGGCACAAACCAUUGCAAAGAAAAAUGAUUUGUUGCCGGUUAUAGUUUCAAGCAAGGGCAUCGUGAAAGGCGACUGGCUGGGGUUGGCUACUGAUGUAUUUGAGCGUGUGGGCCUCACCUUGGAUGGGACUGUCGGAAGCGUGCCCGUCUAUGCUAAGGAGGAAGCCUUGAAAGCUGUUAGGGCUCUUGAGCCUAUGUGCCAAGCAGUGGCCGCGGGAUCGUUCCACCCAGAUGCUGCCCGAGCCUUGUACUUUACGGAUCCCCCAGCGCCAACUGUGGUGCCACAAGCGCCCGAGUUCAGGGCGGCUGUCAAGGCGAAGGUUGAAAUCAUCAAUGACUCAGCGUCCGAGCGGGCUGAGUCCGAGGGGCAGCACUCUUCAAGUGGCAGCGAAAGCAGCGAUUCCGAGUCACAAGACGACUCCGACUCGUCGUCCGAGUCAAUUGCGCCGAUCAAAGCGCCCCGCCUGGAAAUCGAGCAGUGGGAUGCCGCUGACUGUGCGGCCAAUUCCAGGACCAGGACCCUUCACCUCUUGAAAUUUGUGUCUGGAGGUGGAAAUCUAAUCGCCGCGUGCGGAAGGACCUCAGAGGUCAUGGUUCAAGCGGUACCUCGAAGUUUUGACGUGCACAGUGGACUGUCCGAAGCUCCUUUUGCUCGCCAUGUCCUCGUUAUAAUCGAUAGCGGUGCACACUUUAAAAGGCGUGCGGAUGAGGUCGGCCUCAGCAGUGCCGGGUGGACGAUCCUUCAGGCCCUUGGCAUUACCUCUGUAGGUAAGGCGGCGUACACCAUCACGUCGCCAGGUGAGCCAGUCACAGAACCCAUAUUCCGAGAUUGGGUUGCCGACAAUGCUGCAGGUAUGACUCUGGGUGAUCAAUCAUGCUUGAAAAGGCUCGUGUUCGAGUCCCAGACUCUGGUCGUUGCUGAGUUGCGCGACCAAGUAUCCGGGUCCCAAUCAUCUGCCCCUCGUCGUGUUCCCGAGGCUGAGCGCGACCGAAGACUGAAUGAUCUUAGGGCGGCCCUCCCAGGCAUCACGCUGGAGGGCGUGAACAUGCCAAGCAAUGCCCUGUUGGAUUCGUGUUGUCAGCAAGAGCGAGACAACUUGCUUAAGUACAUCCCGCCUGAGAAGGCCACGAGCCGCACCCAUGAACUCACGAAUCCAAGACCGACCCAUCAGGCGCUGCAGGUCGAAGCAUCCAAAAUAGUUCUCAAGAGUGACGCUGAUGCCGUUGAGUAUCAACCGGUCAAUGCGCUCCAGACCAUGGAGGCCCUUCGGCGACGAGGUUUGGCCAUGGUGUUUGCACAGAUGAUUUCAUAUGAUGCCUACGAUCGGUAUGUGAAUCGUCUCUUUAACCACCUGUCCCGUGACCCGCCGCCAGGGCUCAAUCGCGUGAAUGUGACACAAUUGGUUAACGCUGACAAGCAGGUGUUUGCACUGCUGGCCGAAUGGGGUGUCAAACCAAGGUAUCCAUUGCCCUUAUGCACCAGACUCCCCAAGGGCAAAGGCCGAGGCAAAGGUGCCAAAGGUGGUCCUGCGAUGCCCAAGGAGCUUGUUGACCUGAAGGCCAAUGCCACCACGCCUGAGGGUGUUUCCAGCCACACUCGAUCCGCAAGUGUGCUGCCGCCGGCGCUUGAGCGCCUUCGAUCCCCUCUGAAGCAGUUUUGCACCGUGAUUCACUCUUGUCUGAGCCUGCCGCGUCUCUUGUCGCAACUGGAGACCUGGCUGAUGCAUGCAAUCCCAUAUCCCCUCCUUGUGAACAGCACGCCCAAACCUUGCUUUCCCGCGGCCGGUGGCCUUUGGAUCGAGGGAGCUGGUGAAGAGGUUUGUCCUGACCCCGGGCAUCCCGAUGCCAAGGGACAUGUUCUGCAACUGCAUGAGCCGAUCCAGUUCGAUGCGCACCGGCUGCAUGCGACCUGCCCGUGGACAGGAAAUCGCACUGUGCUAGCAGCUUUCGUAAUCAAUGAUUUCCACAAGUUGGAUGCUCAGCACCGCCAGCUUCUUCAGCACACUGCCUUUCGCUUGCCAAGCCUGUCUACUGGUGUUGAUCACGUGGUCGUGGAUCAUGCUGCCUGUCCUGUGCUGUUGGCCGAUCUGACUACGCAAGAGGGCCAGCGUUUGACCAUGAUGUGGCUUUCCAGCCCUCAUGUUGUCGGUGUCUUCAUCGCUCCACCGUGUCGCACCAGCUCUCGCGCCCGGGAGAUUGCACUCCCUGGGCCUUCUCCCGCCCCGCUGCGAUCACUCACUUUUCCCGACGGGCUGCCCCAUCUAUCUGGUCUCAACCUGGCCCAUCACCGCAACCUCAUCAUUGCCGUGGAAAAUCCGCGGAGCAGUCUCUACUGGUCCACCAGCUUCUGGGCUGCUGCGGCCUCCUUUUGUCCUAUGCAUACUGAUUUUCAACACUGUGCCUUUGGCGGUCGCCGGCCCAAGUGGACUCGCCUUUGCCACAACCACCAAGCCUUCCAUGCUUUGCAUCGCGUCUGUCCGGGCGGUGCCUGUGCUGCCCAACAUUUGCCGUGGGGUCGUUCUGAAGACGGCUCCUUUGCCACCGCCGGUGAAAGCGCUUACCCGCCGCAGCUAGCCACCGCCAUCGCUCAAUGCUUAGUUACUUUUCUGCCUGAGGCCGAGCCCUCCCUUGCAGCCAUGAGGGCCACUUCCGGCCUUCAGCCCAAAGCUUCGGCGGUGCCGCCCCUUGUCCCCGAGCACAAAGCUGUGCUUGUGAUGACCGGCCCAAGUGAUGCCACUUCCUUGCCGACCCUUCGCGCCCGACUGCCCGAGCCGUGGUCUGACUCGCGCUUCGCGCCUGCUGGACCCGUGCCAGCCCACAGUCAAUUACUCCGAGCGGAUAAGAAGGGAAGUGAUCGACUUGAGUUGGCCUGGGGCAUAUCUUGGUCUCCAGAAGAGUUCAUACAUAAAGCGGUUCAAGCGGGACAUCCCAAAAAGUUUGACUCGCUACUGCCUUCCGCACUGAGCCACAGCAUAGACGUAAAUGCAAAAACAACGCCGGCCGAUAGAGCCGGCCUCAGAGCCGAAUGGUUUGCAAAGUGGACCAAACGUGCGGCUGAACUUUCGGGGGACGAAAAGAAGCUCAAGAGCUCCCUCCCCGAGUACGCCAGGAAGAUCGUCCUACCAAAAAGGAUUUUAUUGUGGCGUGAGAUUCUAGAGGAUCUCAAAUAUCCUGACAUUGGAGUGCUGGACGAAAUGCUUGAAGGAGUGCACUUGACAGGUCAGACCCCUUGCACAGGGGUCUUUCCUGGGGCCUUUAAGCCAGCAAAAAGGACUUCGGAACAGCUGCGCUCCAAAGCUAGUGAGUCCCGCCAGAAGAUCAUCGAUGCGAUCAAAUCGCAGGGUCACCUGGAUGAAGCGCUAGAGCAAAAGGUCGACGAAGAAGUGGAACUCGGCUGGCUGUCCGAGCCGAUAGACCCGGCCGAUUUGCCGGAAGACGCCACAAUCAGCAGGAGGUUUGCGAUCGAGCAGUCAGGACAGCAAGCACCACAGCAGUUUGUGCAAAUUGACAUGACACAGAUGCAGUUGCUUAUGGCACAGAUGGUUGAGACGGCGCAAGCAGCCUCGCAGGCUGAAGUGUUUGACGUGUCAUAUUCGGACAGCGACUGUGUCUGGACAAUGCCAGAUGAGAUGCAUGGAGCCAGAUGUGUUGGUUGGUUGAGCAGUGCACGGGAUUCUGAGUAUGCGAAGUGCAAGGCGCCAGCCCGCAACCGUGCAAGGUCAGGUAGGCGAUCACGACCGCCACUGCAGUGCGAGCCAAUGUUGCAUGCAUGCGAAGCCGCUGCCGAGCACCUUGUGACCCCACCUGUGCAUCCCCUUCAGAACCUCAGUGUGUGUGCAGUGUCGUGGGCAGACAUGAGCAACGAGAUUGAGGUUGUGGUCGACUCUGGGUCAGAUGCCUCAUGCUUGCCGCUGUCCUGGGCACACGUCGGAAGGGCUGAUGGAGCGAGCCUUGAUAGUUUCAGGGAUGCCCAGGGUCGCAUGAUCAGGGGUUCGCAAAUGCGUACGGCAGUGCUUCAGAUUGAUGGUGUUCAAUUCAAGGAGCGAUGGCUGUUGAGCAGUGUGACACAGCCGCUUUUCAGUGUCGGCAAGUUGCUCAGGCGGGGAUGGGACAUCAUCCACAGUGACGGUGUUCCUUACUUGACAAAUCCUGGGGGCACAGUGCGCGUGCCUAUGCACUACCGGCACAAUUCCUUGCAUGCGCGAGGCUCCAUCAUGAGCGUGGUAGUGUGUGCCAACGACUGUUUGAACGAUGACAGAGAGGACGAUGCGGCCCGAUACCACGAGCCCCAGGAAGCCGAGCUUGAUGAUGAGCAGGUGCGCGGCAACGACCAGCAGGUCGAGGUGCCCCGGAGUGCUGAAUCAGACAGCCCUGUUGCAGCUGCGGUGCGUGCGCUUAAGCUUGGCAGUGCAUGGCUGAACCUGGGUAGCCAAUACACCGAGAUGCAGCCUGGAAUCUUUGCUAGGCAAGAUCAGUCGGAUCGGUUUCUUGAUGUGUCAGUGCCGUUGAGCCACCAUGGAGUGGGCUUCCGCACGACCCUUCAGUAUGAUGGUGCCGAAUGGAAACUGAUUGAAAUCAACUGCUUGAUCAGCCUCUUCGAUGAUUUUGAGAAGGAGUUUGAGCCGAAAGGAUCACGCCACAUCAUCACCAUUGGCUCUGUUGACCCCUUGCAAGUAGAAAAGCUGUUUGAUCAUCAGCCUGUAGCGUGGAACGAUGAGAGUUAUGACGGCGAGUAUGCUGAUGCACCGCCCGAUGAAAACAUGCUUGAAGAGGAUGAAAAGGCUGAAGAUGUUGAUGAAGGUGCCGGUGUAGGACCCGUGUCCCUCGCCGAAGUUCCUUCGCAGGGUCAUGUUGUGGUCAAUGGGGUUGAACUGCAUCCCGGGUGUACCCUUAAGACCCUAAGGUCGGCCUGUGAGGUUCUUGGAAUAGGCAAGUCCGGAGGAAAGCAGACGGUCUUUGCGAGGAUCGAGCAACACUUGAAAACCCAGGAGUUGCUGCAACAACAUGCUUUCCAGACUGAUGGUGUGCCAUUGCCGCUUGAACAAAAGUUUGUCGAAGAGCCAACUGCAGAGCAGAAGCGACGGCACGAGCUCAGUCAUGUGCCGUAUGCCGAUUGGUGCCCACACUGUGUAAAGUUCCGCGCCAAAGCCGACAAACAUGUGUCGAGCAAACUUGAGCUGCGGGACGAUUCGGUGUGCAGCUUCGAUUUUGCUUAUACAGGACGGAGCAGCCCAGCUGAGUUUGAAGGUGCGUCAAAGGACAAGCUUGUUUGCCUUGUGAUCAAGGACUCCCACACUGGAGCGAUGCAUGCUGUGCCAACGCCAGCCAAGGGCGGACCGGUUGCUUUCAAGUAUCUUGUUGCCGAAGUUUGUCGGUUCUUGAAUUACUGUGGGCAUGAGUCCGUCACGAUCAGGUCUGACGGUGAGCCAGCUUGCUUAGCACUCCAGCAGGGCAUUAAAGCUUUUAGAACCAAGAUGGGGUUACGCACCCACUUGGAACAGACCGAGCCAGGUGACCACCAGUCAAAUCCGUCUGAACAGGCCAUUGAUAGCAUCCGGCAGCUUGCAGGAUGCAUUCUUGACCAGUUUGAGGAGCGUGCCCAGACAACUGUAGGUGCAAUGCACCCGCUGCACGGCUAUGCUUGGAGACACGCGGCAUGGCUUCACAUGCGAAUGUCGCGGCACAACGAUCUCAGUGCGUUUCAAGUGAUCAAUGGCCGGCCGUAUGCAGGGAAACUCGUUUGCUUCGGGGAAAAUGUUUACGCGAGAGUCAAGAGCAGUGUAAAAGGAAAAGCACGCUGGUGCAAAAUGCUUUGGCUUGGAAAACUUCCUGUAUCGGACCUGCACUUUGGAGUCACCGAGGGAGGAUUCAUGCUGUCCUCAAGGUCCGUUAGACGGUUGCCAAAGCAAUAUGAUUCAUCCUUGUGCGCCAAGCUGCGCGACAUGCCUUGGAGCCAAGCGUCUUUUCUUGCAGGCCAAGUUGGUCAAGCACGCAAGCAGAAAACGCUUGAGAGUGAUGAGGGUGCCGGAACCGAGCCUCAGGUUGAGCAGCAAGCCGAAGUGCCUUCGCAAGCAGGUGCGGCGGAGAAUCCUUUGCCGUUUCCGGGUCAUCUGUUGCCCGACGAUGCAAUGCUGCAAGAGUUUGUGCCACCGCUGCCCCGAGAGCCAGUGUUGCAUUCACCUGAGCCGCCCACGCCUGUAGCGGCCACUCCAGGGCAGCAAGCAGAAACGCCGAUGCAAGUUGAAACGGCCUCGCCACUUGUGUCGUUCGAUGAUGGGCCUGGGAUUGCUUCUUCGUCCUCUGGGAUAGCACGUCCUGCGACUGAGGAAGCAGGCGGGGAAGCUCCAGCCCGAAAGAAACUUCGUCUUGAUGCUGUUCAGACAAGUGCAUAUGACUGUGAGAUGUUCCAUCAUGAUGAGGCUCCAGAGCUUCUUGAUGAAAGUGCAGAGCAGUUUCUUGACUGUCAGGAUGAGUCCAUUUGGGACACCGAUGAUUGGGCUGAUGACUCAGCCAAUGCACCUGACAUCCCGAGUAUUUUGAUUAAGCCUUUCAGUGAAACUGAGCCAGUGUGCGAUGCAUCCGAGCUUGAAGCCAUUGAUGCUGCAGCAGAUUCCUUUGAGCUUGAGCGGUUGACAAAGGUCGGUGUUCUUGAACAAAGUGAGUCCUGGCUUGAAGGGCAUCGGACAUUGUCUUCAAAGUACGUUCGCACCUGGAGGCCCAAAGUGAUCAAUCAGGAGCGCGUUUGGUUGCGCAGAGCCAGGUUGGUUGCGCGCGAAUUUGCGCACCUAGAUCCGGGCAGGCAACACUUGUUUGCACCGACGACGACCCAGUGCAUGCUGAGAAUUGUUCCAUCGCUUUUCAUUCGCAACUUUGGGGACGGUUGGUCUCUACUGAGUCUUGAUGUGUCUGACGCUUUCUUGCAGUGCAAGCAACAGCAUGAUACCUUGACAAAAGUUGAUGGAAAAUGGUAUAAACUUUUCCGAAUGCUGCCUGGGCAACGGGACGGAUCUGCUACCUGGUUUCAAGAUUUUAUGUGUGAGAUCCGCGCAGCUGUUGCUGCCGAGCCAUUGGCAGAGCAGCCAGUGUUGUUUCGCAUCCCACAUGCGGAAGGCAACCACAAGUGCCAAGGAGGUGGAAUGGUGCAUGUAGACGACAUGCUUGCGGCAGGAUUGACCGCACGCCUUCAGGAGCUUGAGAAUCACUUGAAGUCAAAGUUCAAAGUGUCCAGUGAAUGGAUUCGCCAAGUAGGUGACGAGGUUUCCUUCUUGAAGCGGCGACUGAUCCUAGUCAGCCCCAAUUUGCUGGUUGUUGAGCCUGAUAUCAAAUAUCUUGAGAAACUCUUGAAGAUCACUGGACUAGAUGGUGCCAAGGAGCGGUACAAGGCGGCCCCGUUCCCGACUGGAGGCCUGCCGACAGACCUUUCAUCGGACCGCGAGCUGAACUCAGAGUCAGCAUCAAAGUAUCGCUCAGCACUUGGACUGAUCUGCAAUCGCGUGUCUGAGCAGAAAACUUCUACCCUUGAAAUGUUCUCAGACAGUGACUGGUCCGGGGAUAAGAAGACGCGCAAGUCCGCUGAGUACAACUCCCUGGUUGCUGGUGCGGCAACUGCCAUCCUCCUUAAGAAUUGCGUCAUACACUUGUCGCUUGGGAAUCGCCAAGGAGUCGGACGGACUCGCCACAUCGACGGAAAGCUGUUGUGGCUUCAGCAGAUGACUCAAGAAAAGAUGCUGGACAUUUCGCCGGUUGGAACCGCGGAGAAUGUUGGUGACCUUCCCACGAAGCCGCUAAAGCCGGAGAGAGUUGAGUUCAUCCUUGCACGGUUGAAUGUUCGUGACAAGGAUUGCGGCUAUGCCUUGGUUGGGAACGCCCAUUUGCUUGAUCACAGGACGCGACAUCAUGUGAGUCGCAUUGUGAAGCGAGGAGCAGUCAACCCACAGCUUGUGCUUCAGAUCCUUGCAUUGGCUUUGCAAGCAGAUUCUGUCGCCAGUGCCGAUGAUGAGCCCAAUACGCAUCGCGAUGACGCCUUGAGCCAGGGGACUGGCGAGCACGGUUACGGGGAGAUGUUUUGGAAUUUUCUUGAACAGUUGCUGUAUGCGAUUUUCUUGAUUGCUGAUUUCCUUGCAGAGCAUCCCAUGCCGAGUUUUAUCGUGAGCCAAUGCGUUAUCAUUGCAGUGCUGUGUGGUAUCUUCUUGUGCCGUGGAAACAGGCCAGAAAGGUUGCAUGAGAAGGCAAGUGAGGCAGCUGCGUGCAGCGAUGGCAGCGCGCCGCAGGUGAUGCCGGGUGUGUGCGUCAAUGUGACGGUCGAGGGAUGCUUCAACGUGGCGUGGCAGCUGCGAGCUGCACUGAUGCCACAUGCGUCUUUGAGGAUUCAAAACAUUUUCAAGAGCGCAUACAGGCAAAUGUUUGUGUCUCCGGACGACCUCAAGGAAGCUUACAUUGCAUACUUCAGCCACCGCGAACGCAAAGUGAUCGUACGGCAAAUGCUUGCGCUCCCAUUCGGGGCGACCAGAGCGGUGUUCUCUUAUUUGAGAGUGGCGCACUCUAUGUGGUACAUUGGGUGCUGGGCACUGAAGCUGAUUUGGUCACAUUUCUUCGACGACUUUCUGAGUCUGGCGACUCAGAUCGAGGCCAAAGCAGUUGACCUGGCAAUAUCAUCAUUGUUCAGGUUGCUAGGGUGGAAAGUCUCGGAGGACAAAGACAAGCCCUUUGCUGAGAGUUUUGCUGCGCUUGGGGUACGGGUUAGCUUGGAACGAUUUUUGCAAGGGGAAGUCCUGUUCCAUAACACGGACAAGCGCAUCUUGGAGGUCUCGGCCACGCUGCGCCAUGCUGCUGAUGAUCCGGCUCUCACCCAGAAGGACCUGUCGCGCAUUCGGGGUCGCAUGGUCUUCGCAGGGGGCCAGCUCUUCGGAAGAGCCGGCCGGCUAUGCGUGGCCGCCCUAGCUGGUGAAGGUUGCUCGACCAAGGCGAACCUUAGCAACGACGCAAAGCAAGCCAUGCUUCAGUUUGCCGACCUGCUUGAAGCCAAUUGGCCACGCGUGCUGAGAGAUGUGUCGGCAGAUCCAGUGUAUAUCUUCACUGAUGCCUCGUAUUCCGAGGUGAGUGGAGGUACUUUCUGCGGCAUAGGCGGAGUCUGCUUUGACCACAAAGGUCAUCCCCUUGGAUUUUUCUCCGAAGAAUUGUCCUGUUUCCAGAAGCGCCUACUAGGAGAGGGCAGGUCCAAGACCAUCAUCUUCGAGGCGGAACUUGCAACAAUCGUAAUCGCUUAUGUCUUAUGGAAAGAUUGGCUUAGGGGAAAACCUGCUGUGAUUUUUGUGGACAAUAACUCCGCUAGAGACGUGUCAAUCAGUGGCACAUCACGGAAUGAUGUAGGCAAAUCGCUUGCAUCACUUCUCUUAACAGUGGAAUCCUUAGCCAAAACUUUUUCGUGGUUCGCUCGCGUUCCGUCACCAGCGAAUAUCGCAGACACGCCUUCGCGUGAAGUGCUGAAAAGCUUCACCGUGUCAGGCCGCCCCGCCCCUCACUUCCCGUGCGAGGACAUCGUGUCCGAAGUCUUGGGCAUCUUAGUCAAAUAA